GAGAAGAGAGCGUCUUUGAUUCCUUUCUUUUGCUUUGCUCCCGUGUCCAAUGGAGAGAGGAGGGUACAGGGGGAGAGGUGGUGGUCGUGGUAGAGGUGGGUCUAGAGGCGGAGGAGGUGGAAGGGGUGAUGAAGGUGGGUCUAGAGGCGGAAGAGGGAGGGGUGGUUUUUAUCAGGAACAGAGAGGUUCCUAUCAAGGGCAGGGUGGGGGAGGUGGGUAUGGCGGUCGUGGUGGGGGAAGAGGUGGGUAUCAGCAGCAGCAGCAGUAUCAGCAGACUGGGCGAGAACAAGGUUAUUCGGCUGCUCAUGAGGGUUCCGGUUAUGGUGGUGGGGAUGGGUCCGGCAGAGGUGGGUGGUCCGGUGGUCGUGGAGGGAGAGGAAGAGGAAGGGAUCAGCAACAACAACAGUAUCAUCAUGAUCAGGAUCAGAGGGUUUCAGGGCAAGUUUGGCCUCAGGGAACUCCAACUCAGAGUUUCACUCGUGGUGGGGAUGAGCCUAACAGAGGUGGGUCUAGUGGUCGUGGAGGGGGAGUAAGGGGAACGUGGGUUGCAGCUGCAUCACAAUCUCAAGCAGCCCCAGAUAGAUCUGCUCCUGUUCCAGAUCCUGUUAUGCAUCCUGUUGUUAGAGGUGUGCAAUCAGUGCAAAUUGCUGAACAACCUUCAACUUCUUCUUCUUCCCUGGAGAAUACGAAUAAAACUGUACCAGUUAAACGACCUGAUAAAGGUGGCCAAUUAGCCAUUCGAACUGUUAGGCUGCGAGUCAACCAUUUUCGUGUUGAUUUCAACCCUCAGAGCAUUAUAAGGCACUAUGAUAUUGAUGUCAAACCAGAUGGGGUUCUGAAUAAUGGCCGUCCUGUGAGAGUGUCAAAGGCUGACCUGUCUGUGAUCCGAAACAAGUUGUUCCAGGAUAAUCCUGAUGAAUUUCCACUGGAAAUGACUGCAUAUGAUGGUGAGAAAAACAUAUUUAGUGCAGUUCAUUUACCACAAGGAAAAUUUACUGUGGAAUUCCGUGAUGGGGAAGAUAUGAGGCAUCGCAGUUAUGAAUUCACCAUUACGCUUGUCAAUGAGCUCAAACUCUGCAAGUUGAGGGAUUAUUUGUGCAAGAACCUUUUCUCAAUUCCCCGUGACAUAUUGCAAGGAAUGGAUGUGGUAAUGAAGGAGAACCCAUCCCGCCGAAGGUCAGGGUUGGACUAUGACAUAAAACAAUGUCUGUUUUAAAUGAGAAGGAGCAUUAAGGCCAAAAAAAAGGCAUUCACUUAGGAAAGAUUGAAGAAGAUUUUAGCAGGGUAGAUAACAAAAUCCACAUGUAACCUUCUGUUCUAGGCUGUUACGUUGAAGUUGACAAUGUUGUAAACAGCUCUAGCAAAAUCAUGUCGAUAGUGCAAGAAGCCUGAACUUCAAAAUAUUGGCUUGAACGAGAAAAUCAGAUUUUAGUUCCCAAAGUCUAGAUUAUACAUAUAGACAGCAAAUAAUUCAUCUUAAAAUGGGUAUAACAGUUUGCAAGUAACCCAAAUAGGUUUCAAAGAACUUUGAGCCAAGAUACAGUUUUAGGCAUAUGUGAGUUUACCUUAAAAAGCUUGAGGAAGCUUGUUCCCAAUAUCAACCAUAGAAAGCUCCCAAAGUUCCAGAAAUCCCAGUUAUAAUCCACUCUUUGGACUAAUCUGAAAUGGUUGGAAAAACAACCAUGUGAGCUAUGAAGCCCAAUAAGUAUAAGUUACAGCUUAGAGCUGUGGUAGAACUCUUAACCAAUUUAAGAAGAUUGUUUGGCUAAUCCAUCAUAAGCUUGUAGUUAUAAUAGAGUACAAAACAGUAGGUUUAGCAUAAUCAACCUUUCAUUGAUAA